GGUCGUUGCUUUCGCUGUGACAGGAUCGUCCCUGGCAGCGGCACCUGCACCCACCAUGGCGUCCGGCUGCAAAAUCGGCCCGUCCAUCCUCAACAGCGACUUGGCCUGCCUGGGGGCCGAGUGCUCCCGGAUGCUGGAUUCCGGGGCCGACUAUCUGCAUCUGGAUGUAAUGGACGGGCAUUUUGUUCCCAAUAUCACCUUUGGUCACCCUGUGGUAGAAAGCCUUCGAAAGCAGCUAGGCCAAGACCCAUUCUUUGACAUGCACAUGAUGGUUUCCAGACCAGAACAGUGGGUAAAGCCAAUGUCUGUAGCAGGAGCAAAUCAAUAUACCUUUCAUCUGGAAGCUACUGAGAACCCUGGAGCACUGAUUAAAGACAUUCGAGAAAAUGGGAUGAAAGUUGGUCUUGCUAUUAAACCUGGCACUACAGUUGAGUAUUUGGCACCAUGGGCCAAUCAGAUAGAUAUGGCCUUAAUCAUGACAGUGGAACCUGGGUUUGGAGGGCAGAAGUUCAUGGAAGACAUGAUGCCAAAGGUUCAUUGGUUGAGGACCCAGUUCCCUUCUCUGGAUAUUGAGGUAGAUGGUGGAGUAGGUCCUGACACAAUUCAUAAAUGUGCAGAGGCAGGGGCUAAUAUGAUUGUGUCUGGUAGUGCCAUCAUGAGGAGUGAAGACCCCAGAUCUGUCAUUAAUCUCUUGAGAAAUGUUUGUUCAGAAGCUGCUCAGAAACGCUCCCUGGACAGAUGAGAUUUCCGGGCAGCUUUACUCCUCGUGCCUGGUCCACCUCCUCCUAGACCAGCUUAUUCAGCCUCAUUUUCACCUGGUGCACAAGAACACAAGCUCAAGAAUCAUGCUGUUGUUUCUGCUGUGGAGGUGGCAUCGAUCUCUGUCCUGAGCAGUUAGUCUUCAUUUCCUUGACUUCAACACACACACAGAUAUGUUGAGAAUGGAAAUAGGUGCAUAUAUGACAACUACUAAGUUUUUAAGAGUUGGGAAUUAAAUUUUCAUGUGGCAAAAAACACACUUUUUACUGGAAGACUUGAUUUUUGUAAAAGGAGUGUAUUAUGAUGCCUUGUCCUGAGGUUAAAAAGCCAAAUUGCAUCUCAAAGACAGAAGGAAAAAAACCAGCAGCUGCUAACUAAAAAAGGACUAAAAUGGGUAAUACCGCUACUCUUAGAGAACUCUCAAAUGUUUAUGCAUCAUUAUAAAAAGGUUUGGAUUGCUCAUUAGCUUUCUUUAGAAAAAACAGUUAUCCUUUUGUAUUGUCAUCAGUUGAUUUUUUGCAUAUAUAGUUUAUGUGACUGGGCUUGGUUUCUUGGGAGAAAAAUCCAAGCUCCAUGCUUUGAGUGUAAUGAAAUGAUUCCUUUUAAAGUUUCUUUAUAAACCCUUCCCAUUCCCUCUCCCAGCCACUCCCCUUUUGCUUAUCUUGACCGUGUUUUCAUGUGACUAAUCACCCUACUAAUUUUCCUAGUUGACCAGAUCACACAAACCAUUCCUCUUUGUUUUCUUUCACUUUCCGCAGUAACCUACUUUGGAACUAAACUUAAAAACGACUGAGGAUGAUACUGUUUACAAGAGUUUAUUUUUAUAUGUAUUAAAAAAAAACCCAUCUAUUUCAGGCUAUUUCCUGCCUAUAGCAAAAUAUGUUCUAUACUUGUUGGAGAGAAGCCAACAUGUAUCUUUCUCUAUAUCAGAGGUUCAGAAGUAUGGCCUCAGAGGGUCCUUUGGGUGGCUGAGUCCAAAAGGACAAGAGUAGGACAUGUUUUUCUCGAGGACUGUCCUCAGCUAGUCACAAUUAAAAAGCUAGUGGGGACUACUUCAAAUGACUUUAAUCAACCACUUCUGUAGAAAAUUUAUAAUUUGGCUGUGCUAGUGCCAGCUUGGGUAAGGAAUGAUUUCAUUUAGCCCUGGACCUCGGAGUAUCCUUAGAUCUUAACAGAGCACUCAGGUACUUCUUGCAUCCUGGAUCUGGUUUCAUUCAUCUAACAUUCUUAAAGAAAGCAGAACAGUUAUUGUCCCCAUUUUACAGCUGCGGAAACUAAAGCACAGAGCCAUAAGUUAAGGCAACAGACAGUGGUACCUGUGCAGGCAUCUGGAGUUAGGACUUGGGUUCAACUUACAUUACUUGUAUGAUGUUGACCUCCCAAGUCCUCUCCAGGGUCUUUGCAAGAACCUAGGUCCUUGCAAGAGUAUGUCAGCAUAGUUUUGUUCUUUCACCUCAACGUGGUGGUAAUGAUGUAGUGAUCCACUGAUCAAAGAUUUAGUUUUUAACUACUGUGCUUAAUCAAAUAUUUAGCUAACUGUAAUGACUACUUAAAGAAAACAGGAGCAGCAGAACUUUAAUUAUCCUCAGGUUGAUGUGAAUUUUUUGUCUUUCAUUAAGGUAUAUUUACUGUAAACCCUUGAUGUUUGUUGAAUGAAUGAAUAAGGUACGGGGCCUAGGGUUGCAGCAUAUAAGGUAUGUAGUUUUUUGUUUUUAAGUAGGAUUCUAUCUUGCUUGUUUUGUGUGUUUUGGGAGGCAGGAAAAGAAAGAUUUUGAAACAAGGACAAAACUUCUCAAAGCAAACUACUGAAAAUAAAAUUGUACUACCAA